AUGAAGAAGUUUUUCACUUUCUGGAGAAGGAAGGAUGAUACUCGUCACCUCACCCAGCCAGGCUACAACCUUCGAGAUAAGGACUUAAAGAAACUUCACAAAGCUGCCUCAGUUGGGGAUUUGGAGAAGGUGAAGAAGUACCUUCAGCUGAAGAAACAUGAUGUGAAUAUACGGGACAAAGAAUACAGAACACCUUUACACCUGGCCUGUGCUAAUGGAUAUUCAAAUAUUGUAUCUCUCUUAAUUGAGAAACAGUGCAAAAUAAAUGUCUGUGAUAGGGAAAACCGGUCUCCAUUGACUAAGGCAGUACAGUGUGCUAAGGAAGAUUGUGCUACUAUUCUUCUAGGCCAUGGUGCAGACCCAAAUCUGGUGGAUUUAGAUGGCAAUACUGCUCUCCAUUAUGCUGUCUGUGGCCAAAGUAUCUCAUUAGUUGAAAAAUUGCUUGAAUACAAAGCUAAUCUUGAAGAUCAAAAUAAGGAUGGGUAUACUCCACUGUUACUUGCCAUUACUGAAAAUAAUGCAAAAAUGGUAGAGUAUCUUCUGAAGAGAGGGGCAGAUGUGAAUGCUUCAGAUAAGAAUCAAAGAACAGCCCUUAUGAUUGCUCUAAGCGAUGAACCAACAAAUUUAGUCAGUCUUCUUCUUCAGCAAGAAGUGGACCUGUCUUGCCAAGAUAUUUAUGGAUUCACAGCUGAGGAAUAUGCUUCUUUUAAUGGUUUUACUGUGUAA